AUGGACACCCCCUCGUGCAAACCCUUCUCAAACCUUGCUUACGACUCCAAAUCGGCAUCUGAACUCGCCCUCUGCAUCAAAAGCCACCUUCUCGAUAUCAGAACUCCUCACAAUCUCAACAACUCCCCCGACUUUCGUCGCAGCCUUGGCAUCCUGGCACGUUUGCUGGAACGUGUCGAACAUGCUAUCGAGUCGGGAUAUCCUUCCAACGUUCAGCAAAUCUUCCUCAAUACCUAUUUAAAGAGUGUCCAUAAAGAAUUACUGAAGAUCCUUGACGGAAUCCUUUACCACCGAAUUCUUCUGUAUUGGACUCCCAUCAACCCAAUAUGGUGCUUGGUGUACACAAAUAGCGACCAUUUCAGAUACGCCGCCUUGCGGGUUGGAAAAUUAUCUAUGGAUAUGACCCGCUUGUGUAUUGGCAAAACUAUGAAAGCUGUCGCCCCAAAGUCAAUGCUCAAUCCUAAGGUCCACAAACGCAGCCCAAUUGCCAGGUGGUUGGUACCAGGCACGGUAAACAAAAGUAACUCGCCUAGUACUCCAGCACCACAGAAAUCAUCGAGUACUCGCCUUUUAUCACCCCGUUCAUCUACGAACAUGCCUGGCCGUGUCCAAAUCCAGGAUCUGACUAAAGAGGACAAGAUCAUAGUUCUGAUGGGCGUCACUGGAGCCGGUAAAAGCACAUUCAUUAACACUGCAACCGGAUUGCAAGAUGGGGCAGUCAUUGGUGAUGGCCUUGACCCGUGUACACAAGACGUACAAGCAUAUCGUUGUGCCCACCCCCAAACAAAGGAGCAAAUUGUUUUCGUCGACACCCCUGGAUUUGACGAGACCCACGACGUCGAUAUACUUGUGAAAAUCACCACUUGGCUGGCAAAUUUGCAUAAGCGACUUCUCUCUCCAAGCGGCUUCUUAUACCUCCACUCGCUUUCGGCCAAUAGAGUCGGACCCACCCCUCUCAAAAAUAUGCUGCAAUUUGCGAAGAUAUGUGGCCUAGACGCAUUUUCGAACGUCUCGAUUAUCCCCACCAUGGGUGAGGGACUUGAAGAGUCUAAGCGAGAUGAACUAACACGCCAAGUGAAUCAAUAUUGGAGAUCCCUCAAACCAUUAGAUGGCCGGUAUUUCGACAAGACCAGCUCUGCCGCCUGGAACAUCAUAGACAGCUUCCGCGGUGGCCCAACAUCACCUUUGGUUGCGAGGGAGAUGGUCGAGGAGAAGAAAUCUUUGCUUGAAACUACUGUGGGCCGCUUCCUAUACGACUGGCUUCAAACGGCUCUCCUUGCAAUCGAGAGAAGUAUCGCUUAUAUCAAGAAGAAUUUCUUCAAGCCUCCUCAUUACGACUAUAAGGAAAAGACGAAGUCAUUGAACAGCGCCCUAGACACCAUUUUCGAGCAGAUCGAACAACUGCAGGCUACGUCGAAGAAAGUGCUCAAAUCGACGUUCCCAGAACGGCGCAACUUUAUAAAAGACUCUCGACAUACGUCCGCGCAUCUGCUUUUGACGAUCAGCUCCCUUUCGACACAGUUGAAGCAGAUGAUUAACUGGGCGCCGUUUAUUACGGUACCGCAUAUACCUGCAGGGGUUAAAUGUGUUAGUGAUAUAUUUCAGACGAUCGUGGAUAACAAAAUAUAUAAUCCACACGUCAUUACACUUCUUCAAAAUCUGAGUGAUUUACUCUGGGUCGGGUUCGACGGAGGUGUCAAUAUGGAGGGAAUAUGGGAAUACCUUACACAGUGA